AUGCGUGCGCUCCGCGGCCGAGCUGGGCUCCUCCUCUGCGUGUUGCUGCUGGCGGCGCUGCUGGCCGCCGCGCGAGGGCUCCCCAUGAAGAAGCUGCGGGGCGGCAAACUCCGGCCCCGCAACCGCGGGAAGCUGGCAGAGGCCUCAGCCUCCCCAGAUCCUAGGUCUCCGAAGGAAGAGGAGGAGGCACCACUGCUCCCCAGAACCCACCUGCAGGCAGAGCCACACCAACAGGAACCCUGGACUCUCACUGAGCCAGCAGCCCUGACCCUAGGCAAUGCCACGCCUCCCAGGGCGCUGGAGGUUAGUUCCUUGCUGCUGGAGCUGCAGAAGCUGCCAGGAUUGGCCAACGCAACCUUGAGUACCCCGAACCCUGAUAUCCAAGCCUCAGCUUCCCCAGAUCCUAGGUCUCCGAAGGAAGAGGAGGAGGCACCACUGCUCCCCAGAACCCACCUGCAGGCAGAACCUCACCAACAGGAACGCUGGACUCUCACUGAGCUGGCAGCCCUGACCCCAGGCAAUGCCACCCCUCCCACAACCCCAGGCAAUGCCACCCCUCCCAUGACCCUGGAGGUUACUUCUUUGCUUCUGGAGCUGCAGAAGCUGCCGGGAUUGGCCAACACAGCCUUGAGUACCCCGAACCCUGAUAGCCAGAUCAUGAGACUCAGGAGGAGUGGAGUCCCUGGUCUCCCUGCAGUGGGAAUUGCAGCGCUGGUAAACAGCAAAGAACUCGGUCCUGUGGCUACAGCUGCACCUUCAUCGAGUCCCGCACCUGUGAACUGCCCUUCUGCUCUGACACCGAGGACAAGGACAUCUUGGGCCCCCUCAGUGAGGAGUGGCAGCACCUGAACGAGAGUGCUACAGAUUUGUUUGGCCAAGAUGUGGACAGCUGCGAAAAGUGGCUGACCUGCAAGAACGACUUCCUUACCAACUACAUAAGCCAGAUGCAGCGGGACCUGCCCAGCUGCCCG